AUGUCAACUCAUUCCACACGUGCACACAAAACUUCCUCACCGUUAUCCUCAUCAGCAAAGGCUGUUCGGAAUGAACCACAGUGUGAUUGUGCUAGUAUGAGUACUUCAUCUUCCGAUGAUGACCAUGUUGCAGAGUUGAUGAACAAGAACAUUUCAUCAUUAUCACCAAAUAACAGCAACAACAGAUCUGCCAUCAUUAUGGAGCCAUCAUCAUCCUCUUCAUUGUCGUUUUUCCAUCAAUUCAAAAUGUAUCUUCAUAGAAGAAUCAUGUCCGAGACUAGAACUGUGCGAGCCUUUCAAGAAUUCUUUGGCGUCGUGCAAGUAAAUACGAAUACUACAACUACGAACAUGACCACGAAUACAUCCCUACCAUCAUCUAAUGAAUCACAGCAAGUAGGAUCAAAACCAACAUUUAAAUAUUCAAAAUUUUGGUAUUACCUCUUUUUAUGGAGUAGUGAAUUGGGAAAUGAAGGAAUGUUCGCCUCCUUUCUUCCAUUCAUAUUUUGGCAUAUUGACCAACAUUUAGGAAUUCGUAUCAUGAUUGCAUGGGCACUUUCAUUUGGAAUAGGUCAAUAUCUGAAAGAUUUAUUUGAGCUUCCUAGGCCUCAAUUAGACUCAAGAUUGGAAUCUUGUUAUGAGAAUGAAUUUGGAUUUCCGUCCACACAUGCAAGUGGUUCAACUGUACUUGCUAUUUCUUUCUUUGGCUAUUUCCUCAAAUAUUAUUCAUUUGAAAAUGCACCAUAUUUAAAAUAUGUAUUCAUUAUUGCGAUGGUUGCAUGGAUUGUUUUAUGUUGUAUGAGUCGAUUAUACUUGGGAGUUCACUCCCUUACUGAUAUCUAUGGAGGAUUAUUAAUUGGAUCAUUUGUAUUAUUUAUUUGUCACAAAUAUGUGUAUGUGUACUUGGAACCGUUUUUCUUGAUGGAUUUGAAUAUGAGUAGCGACAAUACCACAAACCUUGGAGACCUCAUAACAAGUAGAAGCGCAUUCAUAACCCCUCUAUUUAUUGUUGCAUUCACAGUGGGUAUCAUGACUUUCUAUAGCACAUCAUUGAGAAAAGGCAAUCCAUGGCGAUCGUCAUAUGGAGACACAGGAAGAGUAUUCGGAGCAUUUUGUGGAGCUUUACUGGGUAUUUGGUGUGUCAUUGUAUUGAAAAAACCACAAUACGUUUGUGAAAGAAUAUUACAUGGUAUAAAUCAUUCCAUUCAAGAUAAUAACGAAAUGGGAUUCUUGCAAAUGCUAUUUUCAACCCCACCCUCUCUGAUGCCAUACGUGUCAUCUCCAACACAGCAUGUGUUGUAUCCACAAGUACGGCUUCUCGAAUUGCAUAUUCAAGAUUGGGCAAAGAUUGCAUGGACAAGCGUUGUUGGAAUUGUGUGGCUAUUGAUGAAUAAGGAAAUUACAAAAGUGGUCGUUUUUCGGUUACUCAAGACGUUUUAUCUUCCAGAGAGAGAAACUAAGAACAUGAAAGAGCUCAUGCACUCACGAUAUGAUGUCGAAAUACCCGUGAUUUUGACAGCAUAUACAAUGAUUGGAUUUACUGCUACAUGUCUCAACACGUUAUUUGUUAUUGGAGUUCAAUAA